GGUUUUUAGUUAGUUUGUUUUGUGUCAUCUUUUUAAAAUAGUGUUUUAAAGUUUAUUUUUUUAAUCAAUGCGAUUUUAAAAGUUUUUUUUUUUUAAUUAUAUAAAAAUGGCAGAUAAUGUGCCAAACGAUAAAAAUAAUGGACCUGCAGAGGACUUGGAAAAUCAAACGCAAAAUAUUACAAGUCCAGCACAGCUGCAAGAUACCACAUUAGAACCAAACAUUACAUUAGCAUUUCCAUUAAUCGGGGAUGAGAACCAUGCCGGAAAAACAUCACCAAUGCGUAUACAAUCAGUUAAAGAAUAUGAAGAACAGUUAAAUACAUUAAUGAAAGAAAAUUUUAAUUUAAAGUUACGGAUAUUUUUUCUGGAAGAAAAGAUGGGCAGAAUUUUGUCUGGACCAAAAGAUAUGGAGGAAGCAGUUAAACAGAAUAUUGAAUUAAAUGUCGAAAAUGAAACAAUUAGAAAAGAGUUAAAAGAUAAUAAAAUAUUGCUUUCACAAGCGUUAAAAGCAUUAGAACUAAUUGAACAGGAACAAAAUAAGACAGAAGUCACAAAGGAUACGGAAAUUCGUGUCUAUAAAAAUAGAAUUGAUGAAUUGGAACAUCAGUUAUCCAAACAAUUGGAUCAUCAAGCAACAGCUUUACAAUCGCAACACUUAAGACUAGAGGAAGAAUAUAAUUUGGAAGCUGAACGUGAUCAAGCUCUCGAAGAAGUCACUACAUUAAAAAAACGUUGUAAUUACAUUGAAAAUGAAUUACAAACUCGUUGUAGAUUAUUUGAUGAACGUGAAAAUGAACUUAUUAAAAAAAUCAAUGAUAUGUCAAGGCAAUUACAAGACUACGCAACUGAAAAUGAACAACUGCAAAAUAUAAAAGAACGUUAUGAUAAUUUAGAAUUAACUGUCAAACAUAAAGACGAAGAGAUUAGUACAUUAAAUCGUAUACUUGAUGACAAAUGUGCUAGUUUAGAAGAUCAAUUAAAACGACGUUCUGAAUAUCGUAAAACAAUUGAACAACAAAAUCAACAAUUAGAAUUCCUUAAUAAAUCAUUAAGGUCACGUGAGACUAUGGUCAAUGAAUUAGAGGAACGUUUACAGGCAGCAUUACAACAUUCCAGAACAAUUGAAUCAAAAUUCGAAAUCCAACAACAAGAAUUCAAACAUAGCAUGGAGGAGUUACAAGCUCAACGUAAGAAAUAUUUAAAUGACGAAACUGACUUGAGCAGUAUUGGCAGUAUGUCAAUAGAAAAUCGUUUGCAACGAGCUAAAUUAGAAGACUCAUUACGUAAACGAGAAGAUGAUAUACGUUUGCUAAAAAAUCAAAUAGAAGCACGUGAUUUAAAAAUUAAUAAAUUAGAAACUGAAAAUACACGAGCUUUGAGUUUCAUACGUGAAUUACUGAAACGUGAAGGUGCUGACAAAGAAUUGGUUGGUCAAAAAUCAAUUGGUCUUACAUAUGAUGAUAUUAUUCGACGCGAUCAAGAAAUAGCCAACUUAAAAAAAGAAUUACGUGUAAUCAAGGAUAAUUUUGUUGUACGUUCCGAUAAAACUGAAGAAACGAGAGAAACCAAAGAAACGCGCGAAUUUGAGCGCUUGCAGAAUGACGAUGGUUCAUUUGAAAAAACCGGCGGUGAUUCAUCAGCAGUUAGUUCUUUGAUUGAAAAAUACGUCGAAGAAAUUUCUACUAUGGAUGAAAAAAUAAAAGAACUGGUUAAAGAUUUACAGGAGAAAGAGCAACAAAUAAAGAAAAUUGAAGAAUUGAAUGAAAAUAAUGUUCAUGUGUUACAAACAAAAGAUAAUCGUAUAGUUGAAUUGGAACAGGAAAUAUUUAAUUUGAAAGAUGAAUUAUUAACAAUUCGUAAAGAACAUCUAGAGUCUGCAACGGUGGAAAUUGAAAAGAACGAUAGCGAAAAAGUUGAUCAUACAGACCUAAUUAAUUUAGUUGAUAAGCGGGGUAAAGAAAUAGAACGUUUAGAAGAAGAAUUACGUAAACGUACUGGCAAUUUACAAGAAUUAGUGAAUAAAGAAUUAUGGGAUAAAAAUCGUGAAAUUGAACGUUUACAAAAACGCAUUCGAUUAAUAUUAGAUGAAAAAGAAAGUGAAAUACAAGCAUUACGAUUAGAAUUGCAAGAUAAAGAUAAAACAAUUGAUGGUAGCGGCGAUGGCUCAUCAACUCGAAUGCAUGAGGAAAUUAUAGAAUUAAAAAAUGCAAAUACCAGCUUAAAAAUACAAAUUGAAGAUUUAAAAGAUAAAAUUCAUAAUACACCGGAACGUGACACUGAAAAAUUGCGAUCUGAAAUACAAAAAGUUGAAAAAGAUUAUAAAAUGUGCCUAAAAACAAAACAAGAGGCCUUAGAUAUGUGUUCAUUAUUAACAAGUCGAUUAGAAGAAUUAGCGUUAUUUUUAAAAGCAUUACUAAAACAUAAAAGUGUCUUAGGCUUUUUAGGUAUUGAAAAUCAAAGCAUUAUUAAGGAUGUUGUAGACAAAAGCUUAGAUUUGUCCAGAAAUUUAUCAAUGUCAAUUUCAAUUAACGAAGAUGCAAGUUUACUACAAAUGAGUUCCAUUACAAGUGUUUUAGAUUCGAAUCGAUUAUCGUUGCUUAAAUUUUUACAUACUUUAGACAAUGAGAAUGAACUUGGUUUUAGUACAUCAUUACAAGACAUUGAUCCACUAAAUAUAACGCUAAAUAAUUCAAAUUCAACGAUAUUUAAUAAAUCUUUAAUGCACUUGUUAAAUAGAUCAAAAUGCGAACUUCCACGUGAAAAAUCACCGAUAAAGAGUCAUGAAAAAUCGAAAAUUAAUCAUGAAUUAGAUCAAUCAGAAUCCGAAGCAUGGUCUGAACCCGAUCGAAGCGUAUCACUCGCACGCAUUGGAUUGGUUGAUGAAUCCAUAAAAGUCUCGCCUGUAUCACGUAAUCGGAAUAAAUAUCAAACAACGUUUAUAACAGAAUCUUCGUCUGAGGAUAUUUCAAAUAUUCGAACUCCCCAAAAACGUUCAUCCGAAGAACGCUCCUCAGUAAAACGUAAUUUAUUCGGGGAAUGUAAACAUAAUAGUUCAACAUUACAGGAAGAAGUGAUUAAAUUACAAAAUAUGUUGAAGGAAAAAGAACAGGAAGUUCUUUUAACACAAUGUGAAAUGAUUCAAAAAGAUAAUCAAUUACAAACAGAUAAAUUGAAAUUAGCUGAACAAUAUGAAGAAUUAAAAAAACAACGUGCAGAUGCCUUAUUAUCAGUAAACGAGGCUGAAGAGAAAGUUAAACGUGCUGUUGAACAAAGACAAAUUACAGAAGAACAACUUGAUAAAUUAUCGAAAAUGAUUGAAGAUUUAUUACAUCAAAAAGCGAAUUUAUCGAUUGAACUUGAAUCUCAAAUACAAAAAUCACAAGAAACAAUUGAAUUAUUACAACAAGAACGUGAUAAUGCGUUAAAAGAAGCUGCUGAAGCACAAAAACGUGCUGAAAGUGCGUUUGUUGAUGUUAAAUUAAGUGAAAUGCGUCUAACUACAUUAGAAAAGUCUUAUAAUUUAUUGAAAAAUGAAUUUGAUGAGCAAUUGAAUUUAAAAAUGAAAGAAACUGAAGAAAAAUGGAAUAAUAAAUAUGAAAAUUUGGAUAAAGAAUCAAAACAAAAAUUAAAUGAAUUACAGCAUAAAUGUGAAGAAUGUCAUGUGUCAAAAGAUGCAUAUAAUGAAAAAUUAAAAGAAUUAGAAACAGCAUCAAAUGAAAUUGAACGACUGAAAAAAGAAUUAUCGCAAUUUGAGGGUAAAAUUAAUGCUCUUAAAGAAAAUGAAACGAAAUUUGUAGCUAAAAUACAACAAAUGGAGACACAAAAUAAAGAACAUAGUUCACAUUUACGUAAAGAGUUGGAUGAAGCAACACUUAUAGCAUCACAAGCGGCUGUGGAAAGAACUAAAGUCAUUACCGAAAAGAAUCGCUUAGAAAAAGAAGUACAACGUUUAGAAAAUGAACGUAAUAAUUUUGAAAAACAAUUAAAACAACAAAAAAUUGAAUUUACACAAAAAGAAAAUGAUUUAACUCAAACAAUUGCUGUACUAAAAGACGAAAAAGAAAGUCGUAAAAAUUUCACGGAAAAUGGUGAAAAUAAUUUGUUAAAACAAGUAUCAAUACUUGAAAAACAAAAGAAUCAAUUAGAAUUGCAUGUGAGCCAGUUAGAAAAUAUUAAUGCUGAUUUAGAAAAUCGAUUAGUUAAAGCGUUUGCUAAACAGACUGAUUCGAAUGAAACAUUGUUAACGAAUAAAACAAGUGUGUCGACAAUUAGUAAUGCACCGAAAUCGCAUUUGAAUCAAAAAGAUUUUUCAGGUUAUACAUCCGAAGAAAUUCCUGUAGGAUCUUAUGAAAUUAUCUCACAAAAUAAUAACAGUAAUAAUGUGCAACGAUGGUUUAAUGAAGAUCAAGAGAGAUUAAUGGUUAAUUCUUCACCAGAUUUAGGUAUUGAAAGUGACCAAGGGCGAUUUUCCAGUUUAGAAGCAAAUGUUGGUGUAGCUACAGUGAUGAGACCAUUCCUACCGCCCUUAGAAUUAACGCAAACAAUGAAUAACAUGUUAAGCAGUUUAACAACGAAUGAUACUGAUCCAAUGAUCAACAUAUCUGAAAUACAGAAAUUGCGAAAUGAAAACACAAUAUUAAAGGCAAGAUUAAUGCAAACACGAAAAACACUUGAAAACACUGCACAACAGUUAGCAAAAUCAAAUGAACGUAAAAAACAAGUUGAAAAAGCAGUGUGUAAACAAAUUCAUAAAACUAGUUUAGUUUUACGUAAAGCUCGUGCUAAUUUGGAUUCCGGUUCAGAAAAUGAUGUUCCUAGUAAAUAAAUGAUAAUUUUUACACGUUUCGAAAUAAUUAUAAACAAAAAUGUGCCAAGUUUUUGGAUUUAUA